AUUGGUCUUUCUACAAAACUGGUAAUGUCUCAAAACAUCAAUUGGGAAGAACUUAUCUCUACAACUCUUGUUAACUUUAUCGAGCAAGUUAGUUUAUUCUGCUAUGCAUAGAAUUCUUUAUUUAAAAAUGAAAUCACAUAUUUCAUUUCUUUCUAUGGUCUAUUUGUUUCAAAAAUUUCAAUAAUUUCAUAAUUUGUUCCAUUAUCGCUCAUGUUCAGUCUCAGCUCUACAAACCAGAAGAUAUUGAGUAUCUUCACAAAGUGACAUGUAAUGAUUCAUCGAGUGCAUCUUUAUUAUUAUUACGUUUGAAGCAUUUGGUGCAAUCCUUAAGCUCUAUUGUAAGAGACCUCGAAACAAACUCUUCUGCAGCAGUUCACUUGAAUAAUUCAUACAUGGAAAUGAAACAGAAAAUUGAUGAAUUCAUUAAAAGUAAACGUCGAAAAGUGAAUUUAUUAAAUCGUAAAGAAUUUUGUGACACCGAAAGUGAAGAGAAUCAAGAUGGAUGUGCAAGGACAUGUUCUAUAGUAAAAAAACUAGAAAAUAAUAAAAGUCAUAUAAAAGUUGAACGCGUUUACAAUGAAAUUGGUCCUCAAAAUAUUCACUCUGACCGCGAGAAAGAAAUGUAUAAUCAGGAAUCGGAAAAGAAUACACUAUUAGAAAGAAUUGAAAAUAUGGAGAAUCAAUUAUUAUUAUUCAACGAUAAGAGGAGAUCGUGCCAUAUUUACGAAAGAAUUCAAGAUUUAGAAAGCAGAAUUGUUAAACUAGAAGAGACAAAUCCAGAAUAUAGAGUUCUAUUAAAAGAAGAAUGUAGUACAUGUUUAAAUAAUCGAAAAAAAAACUUUUUGGAUAAACAAGAAUUAUUAAAAGAAAUUGAUGAAAGAAUAAAUAGUUUAAAAGAUAAAAUUAGUUCAGACUAAUUAACAACUACUGUAAAU